ACUUUUGUACGACUUGGGCUAUAUCUCCUUUUCUCUUCCGUCCUCACCCACUCCAAAUUCCUCAAUCCCUCUCUCCCCUCUCUAAAGAUCCGUUUUUGCUCGAGGGUUUUUAAUUGCGUAGCGUUCCGUCGCUAGCUCGCUGGUAUUUUCGAAGGUUGCAGAUCAUUGCAUUUCGAGGAUGGAUUUUUUCUUUGGAAACUCGAACGAGGGAUCUUCAAAUUUUGACCAGGGCAUGUUUAGGUGUCCGUUUCUGAGGAACAUCAAUGAACCAACUAACUUCUCCUUCACAUCAUCGAUGGCUUUCCCUAUUCCUGCACGGGAUGGGAAGGGUCCCAUAUUUGAGGAUGGUCCCAAUUUUGAUAUGGCAUUUAGGCUCUUCCAUGGGCAAAAUGGUGUUGUUCCGCUUUCCGGCAGGCCAUUUCUUCCGACUCAGAAGUCUCAGCCCCAAUCAUCACAAGCUCAAUUCAACCCCUUGGCGGCUAAAGCAGCGACCAUUAGCCUCUCCGGUUUUGGUGCAGGGGGGGCUUUUGGUUUCGAUGCUUUCUUCGAAAAAUGGGGGAAGGACAACAAGAAACCGAAACCCUCAAAAAAGAAAUCUUCUUCAAAGGGAGAGAAAUCAGGCCAUGAAGCAAUGGGCGAUGAUUGGUUGCAAAAAGGGAACUGCCCCAUUGCAAAGUCCUAUCGGGCCGUGAGUAGUGUGCUUCCUCUUGUAGCAAAGGCCCUUCAGCCCCCUCCUGGCAUGAAGUAUAGGUGCCCUCCUGCAAUUGUGGCCGCCAGGAGUGCUCUAGCAAAAACUGCUUUCGCCAAAAACCUUAGGCCGCAGCCCCUACCUGCAAAAGUGCUCGCCAUCGGACUUCUGGGAAUGGCAGCUAAUGUACCUCUAGGAAUAUGGAGGGAACACACUGAAAAAUUCUCGCCAUCGUGGUUUGUUGCUGUCCAUGCUGCUGUGCCAUUCAUAGGCAUGCUCAGGAAAUCUGUGCUGAUGCCAAAGGCAGCCAUGGCAUUCACCAUAGCGGCAUCUAUUUUAGGGCAGGUGAUCGGAUCAAGGGCGGAGAGGUACCGGCUCAAGACAGCUGCUGAUGCGAGGAAAUUGGAAUUUGCUGAAACUUCAGUUAUCGGGCCAGACGUUACUGGGAUUAAAUGCCGGGAAAACGCCGAUUGGAGUUCAAAUUCUCUGCAAGUUCCUGGUACCUCAUCCCCACCUGAGGUUUUCUGCUGAUCUUGGGUUACUCCAUUCUUGGUUCUGUUGCAGGUCUAGUUAUAUGCAAAAGUGAGCUUCUAUUCUUGUUGUUUUUAUAUACCACCGAAGUCCUCCAGAAAAAUUGGUGAAAUAAAUGUAAGAAUUAAGAGAAGUUUAUAUUAUAACUGAGGCAUUUUUAUGUA